UUCAUUAAUUCUAUCAUCAGCCAUUAGAGGUAAGUUGCUAUUCUUUCUACUUUAGCAAUGAGCAAGUUCAGGUUGGCAGGAUUCAUACCUAGGCAUGUCUACCUCCCUUGUUUUACCUAACCACUGCACCGUUACAUUCAGGGAAUAAUUUGGGGCUGGAAAUAGGCCUAAAGCAGAGAGGACAUUUAGCAAAUUGUUGAAAUAGGUUAGAUGAGAAAUGAUUUUAAAACAAAGGUAGUUUUAGUAAAGAAGAGAAGUAUGAGUAGAUUUCAAGACUGAAGGAAGUGGAACUGACUGCCUUUGGCAUUUGGAUUGCUGCUGCUGUCAUUUGCUCACUGUUGCAGGGAAAAGAAAGCAGCUUUGAGGUUGAAAGUGCUGGUUGGAUUGAGAAGGCCCUGGGAUAGUCAAGGGCAGCUGUCCUUUGAAGUAUCCUGAAGAGUUACUCUUAAAGAAUGAAGGAUGGCAGCACGCCGCACAUUAAAAGCUGUUUUGGUGGAUCUCAGUGGCACACUUCACAUUGAAGAUGCAGCUGUGCCAGGCGCACAGGAAGCUCUUAAAAGGUUACGUGGGUCUUCUGUAAUGGUUAGGUUUGUGACCAACACAACAAAAGAGAGCAAGCAGGAUCUAUUGGAAAGGUUGAAAAAACUGGAGUUUGAUAUCUCUGAAGAUGAAAUAUUCACAUCUCUAACUGCAGCCAGAAGUUUAGUAGAACAGAAGCAAGUUAGGCCCAUGCUGCUGGUUGAUGAUCGGGCACUGCCUGAUUUCAAAGGAAUACAAACAAGUGAUCCUAAUGCUGUGGUCAUAGGAUUGGCACCAGAACAUUUUCAUUAUCAAAUUCUGAAUCAAGCAUUCCGGUUACUCCUGGAUGGGGCACCUCUGAUAGCAAUCCACAAAGCCAGGUAUUACAAGAGGAAAGAUGGCUUAGCUCUGGGGCCAGGACCAUUUGUGACUGCUUUAGAGUAUGCCACAGACACCAAAGCCAUUGUAGUGGGCAAGCCAGAGAAGACAUUCUUUUUGGAAGCAUUACGGGACACUGGCUGUGCACCAGAGGAGGCGGUCAUGAUAGGAGAUGAUUGCAGGGAUGAUGUUGGUGGGGCUCAGAAUGCUGGCAUGCUGGGCAUCUUAGUAAAAACUGGGAAAUACCGAGCAGCAGAUGAAGAAAAAAUUAACCCAGCUCCCUACCUAACUUGUGAGAGCUUCCCUCGUGCUGUGGAGCACAUUCUCCAGCAUCUACUGUGAACCAUCAUGUGAAUGUGAAGCACCCUGAAACACAGCUUCUGUUGUCUGGAACAGAUCCUUACCGACUCUGUGCAGCAUCAGUAGACACACACCACUCCCUUCUGGUCUCUGUUAACUCUUACUGUGCAUUAGUUAGAAAGAAAGAUAUUGAAUUGCAGCCAACAUGAAGCCUCACUCUAAUCCCUUUUGUUUGAUUUUGUAAAAGAAGAUGAGACCCAAAGAAAGGGAAAGCUGAGAAUUUGUGCCAUGGCUUUUCAAAUAUUCAUCAGGUUCAAAAGGCUGGGAGGGAGAAGCUCCUGUGGGGAACAGCACUCGCUGCUGUCGCCUCACUGGAAACAGGGAUUCAGACUGAAGGAAGUUGAAUGAUGAUUCUUAAAUCAUAAAGUGUGCAUUAAAAGGUGCAUUAGGCUCUCAUUUUGAUAUUGAGUUCAUCUGAGAAACCCAGCACAAGUGCCAAGUGAAGUACAAGACAGAAGCAGUAAAACGGAUUGUCCUUCAGCUCAAGUGACCCAGUGAAUUUGCUUUAACAGAUGUUGAAAACUAGAUUUGCUAUUGUAUUCCCAGCACGGGUGACUUCCUUUUCUCUUCAUUAGCCAGAGAUGACUAAUUUAAAUUUAGAACUCGAUUUUAAUUUAAAAUAAUAUUUCCAUUAAUAACCUAUUCAUUGCAGAUACCUAUUAUACUGUGUAACAGUUGUUUUGGAAAUUUUAUGUAAAAUUAAAACUAUCAGUAUUUUACAGAUGUUUUAAUUAGACAUUGUUAUUAACAGGAACAGUGCAGAAACUGAAAUCAAGCCUUUAAUGUCUUAUAGCCCAUGCAUUUUUGAAGUUAGAGUCCACCAGGGUCCUAUUAACUGUACAUUUGCAAGAUUUCAUUAUUUUUGCCUCUGACACUAUGGGAAAAAUCUUUAGAAGCUAUUGGGACAGAUUCAAGCUUUUAUGUACUUGGUUACUACAGCUGUAAAAUGAAAUCUCAUGUAGCAUGGAUUAUUCUUCUGAUGUUAAACCCACCCAAAUGAAGGGGACUGAGUAGGUAAUGAUUUUCCUAGUGCAUUUGCAUACUGUGAUAAUCCUGGGCCUUCGCAAUUGGUUUACAGGACUCUUGGGCAUUGAAUUAUUAGAGUGUAAUUGUACAUCAUUGCAGUGCUCACCUUAUUGAAGCACACACUGGUGUUAAUGAGCUUCGAGUUUUGAUGCUUGUUUAGAGAUCAGCUGGGUCUUGAAUAAGAGGGAGCAAAGCUGAAUAAAUGGUAGUUUGGUGCGCACUCUGUUCUUGUUUUUGCAAAUGCCCCAAAUUAGUACGUACUUGUACAUUCUAGACUGCAAAAGACAGAUGUGACAUGACCACCAUCCUCAGUCAGAAGGAGGAUGAGUCAGAGUGGCUGAGAGCAGAGUCCCUGAUA